GAGCCAUACUCUCUGAAAGACUUAACCGUUUGAGAGAAACGAUCAAUGGCUUCUACUCAAAGUUCAUACGCAGGUUUAGGUGAAGGGCAAUCCACCACGAGGCCUCCAUUGUUUGACGGAACAAACUACACCUAUUGGAAGGAACGGAUGAGGAUUUACAUCCAAUCCACCAACUUUCUCCUUUGGAGAAUUAUCAAAAAUGGUGAGAACGUGCCAAUGAAGAAGGUCGAGGAAAUCAAUGUCCCUAAGACCGAGGAUGAAUAUGAUGCGCAAGACAUCAAGAAGGUGGAAAACAAUGCCAAGGCCAUCAACAUCAUCUAUUGUGCCGUUAACCCGGAUGACUACUGGAAGAUUUCUUGUUGCACCACCGCAAAGGAAAUGUGGGACAAACUAGAAAUCACCUACGAAGGUACGGAUCAAGUCCGAGAAGCUAAAAUUGAUUUUCUAACCCAUGAAUAUGAAUUGUUUCGUAUGAAGGAAAACGAGAAAAUCGAUGAGAUGUUUGAACGAUUCUCCAAAAUCAUCAAUGAUCUUCAUGCUCUCAAGAAGACGUACACGGACAAGGAGCUUGUGAGAAAAAUCCUGCGAAGUCUCACACCGGAGUGGCGCUCCAAAGCCGACGCCAUUCAAGAGUCCAUCGGCAUCACCAACGUCACCAUUGACGGACUUAGAGGUAACCUCAAAAACUAUGAGUCCACCAUUCUAUUCCCCUCUUUAGGUGAACAAAAGAAGAAGGGGAUUGCACUCAAGGCUACCUCAAGCCAAGAACCCGCCAUGGAAGAAUCAAGCGAUGAGGACAACGAGUUCGGGCUCGUCAUCAAAAAAUUCCACAAGUUCAUGCGAAAAGAGUAUGAACGAAAGGGCAAAAAUCAUGGAGGACCACCCAAGUGCUAUGGGUGUGGAGAAGUUGGGCACAUCAUGCCAAAAUGCCCAAACGCCAAAAACGAGGAGAAGAAACCGUUCAAGAAGCACCAAGCUUACAUUUUAUGGGGAGGUGAUUCCGACGAUGAGUCAUCGGAAGGCGAAGAAAAUGAAAGCGCCAACCUCUGCCUCAUGGCACACGAAGAACCACCGGAAGAGACUUAUAGAGUCUUCAACAAACGCACCUUAACCGUUGAGGAAUCUCCUCAUGUUGUCUUCGCCGAAAAUGAUGCUCGCUUGGCGAGAAAGGUUUCUUGUGAUGAUCUUAUAGAUUCGUUGGAAAACAUCUACGACGAUGACAAAGUAGACAACUCAAAGGAAAGCCAAGAUGAAGAAGUAGAGACACCCGUAAACGAGGAACAACCACAAGAGGAGGAAACGCCAAUGCCAAGGGCAUGGAGGACUUCAAAGAACCAUCCUCUUGAUAAGGUGAUCGGUGACAUCAACCGAAAG